ACUUAUGCGUUUGCAUAUCUGACUGCUGCAGGUGGCAUUACACUCAUAGCGUUGACUGGUUAAUUUUUGUCUCAUAACUUAGGAUUCGAGGGUAAAAUGUUGGCUUGAACUCCUAUGACAGGUAAUUCUUUUAUUCACAGCUAGAUUCUAUUCAUUGGUUUUUGUUAUCUUACAGGUAUUUUGGUACCGUUAACUAUACUAAAGGCUGGUGUCCCGGAAGCAAAGCGGCUACUUUCAGUCAGAAUGGUUCCUAUGCUACUGUCUCUAACAUUAACAUAACAACCUGUGACUUUACAAUUGCUUUUUGGGUAAAGUAUAAUGGUGUUGACGGGCCUAUACUGGCACUUUGGUCAAAGGGUGGAAAACUAUUUUAUGUUACGGUCAAGAAUUCCCGACUCAUUUUAUCGAUACACAACAGUUUCCACUUACAAAUCAAUUACUGGAAUCACGUAGCAGUAACCUGUCAGCUGAACAAGAUCAAGGUGUUCGUUAAUGGUACGGAGAAGGCAUUGAUGGACGAAUGGAAUGAGUAUUUCUUCUCAUCGUUAGCCCGUUAUCAGUCAGAGUACAUCAUAGGGAAUGAUCCAGAUUUCGUCCAGAUGCCAAUGGCAAAUGGGGUGUUUGUUGGAGCAGUCAUGGAUUUUUAUGUGACUGGGAAAGCUUUAUCCGUGAAGCAGAUUGGUGACUUAAUCAAAGGUAAGAGUAUUAUCUAAAAAAAUGCACUUGUAUAUUAAUUAUUGGAGUGUUAAUGCAUUUAGCACGAAAGUACUAAUUGGGGACACUAUUUUAUUUGGCCAUUUGCCGACAUUAUGAUGUCGGGACAUCGAGGAGGCAGCACCAGAGAAUUCACUUUCUGACUUGAGUGACAAUGAGAUUGAAAUUGGAUAAGUACUAAUAAGAGUCUUCCCCGAAGACGGAGUUUUCUUCAGAGUAUUUUACAGAAACCUUGCUUUGUUAAAUCUUCGCGUUUUGUUACUGCCAUUUAUUAUUUUGUUGCAAAAUAAACAUUCUCCACUUGCUGAAAAUGGUAAAAAUUUAUUAAGCGCCUAGCCUCGAAUAAGGGCCCACUCUCAAGGUCCAAAAGUUAAUUACAGGCAAAUUUAAGUAACAAAAUCAAUUUUUUGUCCACUUAUUGUCACAUUCAUGGGACCUCGGUCCCGCAGUAAUUAACCAAGAACUCUUUUUAAAGGACUCAACGCAUGCGCAUAAUUAGCUCGGUUACUUAAGAUGGCGUCGGNAAAAUGGUAAAAAUUUAUUAAGCGCCUAGCCUCGAAUAAGGGCCCACUCUCAAGGUCCAAAAGUUAAUUACAGGCAAAUUUAAGUAACAAAAUCAAUUUUUUGUCCACUUAUUGUCACAUUCAUGGGACCUCGGUCCCGCAGUAAUUAACCAAGAACUCUUUUUAAAGGACUCAACGCAUGCGCAUAAUUAGCUCGGUUACUUAAGAUGGCGUCGGUGUGCUGAUUGUUAAUUGUUUGAGUUUCAGAAGUUGUUAAAUAGUUUUGUAGGUUUAGUGGUGUACCUUUCUACAUUCAUCUAUCACUGCAAAUACAUCAGUGGAAAUCACUAAAUAAUAGCAGUAUUAUUCUCAUUAAUUAAAGGCAAACCGAUUACACCCGUGAUAGACAACAAAGGGUCGGAAAUACAUGGUUGCAAAGUCAAUGUAACGUGGAGUAUAAAAGGAAUAUGCACCAUAACGAAGACCACUGUACGGUUAAGGGAGAUAAAACCACUAGGCGAUGAAGCUGAAUGGAGCGAGUUUAAGGUUCCUGCAACCACCUUUCAUCUUUUACCUCUGGAAUGCGACAGGGGGUAUGAAAUCGUAGUGUCUUCCUGGUUUGGAGAAGUUCAAAGUGACUGGUCAGUUUCUUGGAAAUUUAAAACCCACUCUGCAGGUGCGACAUUGCCUUUACACUAAACCAUAAUCACUGAAACCUCUGCGAACGCCCAUAAACUCACUUCUAGAGAAGCGGGCACUCGCUUCUGCUCCCUCAGAAGCCACGUGUAAAACAAAUCACGACGGAAUUUACCACAUGAGAGUCUUUAGACGUUUCAAGAACAACAAUAAAAAUGAACAGAUAAGCCUCCGCUUAUGGGGGGGUAAUCUAUAAGUUUAAUUCUUUUAGCGACCGUUCUCCUUCAAAUAGCCUGUCAUGACGUUUUAAGUUUACAUUUUUCAUGGCCAUCUCGAAUUUUGGGUCUAAGUUGGCAAAUUGGCGAUGAAACCAGCAAAAAUGUAACAACUUCUUUUAUCGAAACCAUUUUCACUGAAAGAGGUAAAAAAAAGCUUUUUAAAACCUUUUUUUCAUCAUUGAGAAAGAGGUUAUGAACGAUCAAAGUCAACCCGGGUGCUUUGUUCAACCCCCCCCACCACUCCUCAUUUCCCCCGCCCCCCCCCCCUCUGCCCCUUCCCAACCUCACACCGAGAACACAAACCUCAAGAAAACAAAACACCCAUUGAUCACUAGCCAACAAUAAUGCAAGAAAUCUUUUUUUUUGAGCCCUCAUCACAUGUGUCAAGUUUAGAGGAGGUGGAAUACUAUUCAACCCCCCCCCCCCACCCCUAAUUACCCACCCCCCGCCUACUUGCCCAGCUUGCAAAACUAAGCGAGAAGAACAAAACUGAUGUGACACAAUCUUGACUUGAACUCUCGAACAAGUCUGUAUACAGUAAAUGCUUGAUUGGCACCCAGCUUAGGGCAGCAGCUUCCCUCCCCCACUUCCUCCUCCCGACCUCUCAGGCCUAAGUACUAAUGGUGUAUUUCAUAGAACUUAUCCUAAAACAGGAAAACAUUCUGGAUUACUCUGUAAUAAACUUUUCAAAACGAUCGUUCUGUUUUUAAAGAUGUUACAGAGAUGACGUCAAUGCAAUAAUCCACAUUGUUGGCAGGAGAUAAAUUAUUGUUUUUGGUUUAUUUUGUUACGUUUUGUCUCGUUUUGUUUGUUUGUUUAUUUGUUUUUUUCCUUUGUAGAAGAAAUUCUAAGAAAGAUUUGACAGACGAAAAUUGUCACAUGAUUAUCAUUUGUCUUUUUCCUUGAAAAACAACUUAAUUUGGAAAGUGCGGGAUAUGGUGACUGAGAAAUGAAUUCUUCGAUUUAAUUUCCUCGUGUAAGGAAAUAAGUCUUUCAUCUGCUCCUGUAAACUUUUUCAUGAGGAGAGCCCCGGGAGCUUCAGCAGUUACGACGGCGAGAGCGGCGAAAACAUCACUUUAAAAACCAAACUCACGCUUUUUCAAACUUUAUCGCUCUUACUUCGGCUCCAUCCCGUUUAAGUUGCGAAAUGUUGGCCGAUAUUCAUACUUUAGAAAAGAAAAUCGCUGUCAUGUGUUCAAAUCCUCCAUAAACGUAAAAUUUGGCAGUCUCACGCCGUGGUCGUAUAAUGACGGCGAAGAACUGGAACGUUACUAAAACGGGGGAAUGGGGAGUAGAGAACGAGAGCAAGGGGAACGGAAAAAAUGAAAAGUGGGGAACAAACAGAGAAUUAGAAAUGAAUUCGCUGAGUGGGCUAGGGUUGAAGUUAGGUUUUGUUGCCAUUUUUCAUUUUCUCGUUCCCCGUGGUCGUUCACUGUUUUAGUAACAUUCCAGAGAACUGUGUAAAAAAGCGUGUUUGCAAGUGCAAAGUUGUUGUUCUGCUAAUACCGCUGACAAACCAAAUGCCUUUAAUUUUUGCCCUUCUCGUUGCCUUUUCGCUUAACCGAAAACGUCUGCCAUUACUCUUGUUAUUGUAAUUAUUCUGAUUUAUGCCCUCCGAAAUAUAAUAGGAAUGAUGAAAACAAUAAAAAAAAAUUAAGAUUAUACGCGAUUCGUAUAUAUUUGUAUCCCAGAACAAGGUUAAUCAAACAAAUCCUAAACAGGUGCCCUAAUCCCACCGCUCCUUACUGAAUAUACGUCCGUUACAUUCAGGGUAACUAGAAUCAUCCAAAAAUAACGCUUCUUUAUAGCGAAUGCUAACAACUCUCCUCACACAUCAUAGUAAUUAAUCAUGCCGCCAAACAAGCAACUAGUGAAUUAUUUACAUGAGCUUACUUCCUCACACGAUCGUACGCUCAAGUAGGUUAAAGCCUGAGUCUAAGUCAUUUAUGAUUUUUAUGUACAGUUUCCAAAACCUAUGGUUAAAGACAUCCACAAGGGACAAUUAUGGUGAGGUAAACUAAACUUGAAAAAUAUGAAAAAAAUAUCAUUUGGUCACGUAAUCGACAACGCCCUCCAUUGUGAGAAAAUUGUAAGCAAAACAAGUAGCUCCAGUUUCUAUGUAUCAAAACAUUGUCCCUACAAAGUGUCUACGAAAUCAGCUCGGAAUGGUUCGAAGCAUUACAAUUAGCAGGUGCAAUUGGGCUCACUGACUAGUCCCAGUCCUCCUCCAAUUAAAAUUAUCGACAGGAGAAAGACGUUUAUUGACCUCGCCUCAUUCCGAUUGUUUUUACAUGAAGACUAGUAGUAGUCACUUUUUGGACCUACUGAAGGAAAACGGUCCACUCUCUUUCUGGUGGUUAUUUCGACUUAAAGGAUUUCUCGAUAAAACAGGACGUGGCUGGUCACGUGAUGCACUUAUAAACAAUUUUUUAAAUGAAAUUUGAAGAUAUCUUGGUUAUAAUUGGCCUUAAAUUGUCAGUCAUGGGAUAUCUUGAAAAUACUGUACGUUAUACCACCCGCCUUUAAAAAUUCUGAAAACUCUGUAAUGACCCAGGCCUUAAUCGACUUGAGCGAAAUGAUUUGCCGGCACUCACCAAGAAUCCACUUGAACUGACCUGUCAAGUCUUUCCCGUAUUUCUCGCUCUAGCUUAUUAUUUUCUUCAACUUUUUCUUCCUUCCUUAUUAACCAUUUUUCAAAAGCCAAGGGUUCAUCGCCAUAUACCAUGUCAAAUUCCAGGCUUUCAAAUUCUGAAGAAGGAAGCUAUCCCUUCAAAGAAGAGCUCCCAUCUCUUAAAUAAGCUGCCCCGGGUGCUACGUAAGCAUUAAAGCUACUUUUUUAAUCAUGUGUACAACUAUUACAGUUCUUAACAUUUACGAUUGCUUGUAUCCCUCAGUGACCAGCGAGGCUCCUACCAGUAAAAGUGAUCCUACAGGAGGCUCCCCUAUCCCUAAAAAUGAUACUGCAAAGAUUGCCUGGAUAACAUUGGGAGUUUCCGUAGCUCUCUCUGCAGCUGUGGUGGUGGGGAUAAUUGUCUACCGUAAGAGAGCAAAGAGGAAUAAACGGUAUUUCAUUCAACUGUUAUUACCACUCAAAUUUAGAAUAUUAUGCUUUGUUGCUGAAUUGUACCAUGAUAAAAAUAUACAUACGGAAUAGGCGAUAUUGUUUUUAUGUAAGUGUCUGAACAUGUCUAUCUCGUGUCUUACUCACUCCCAAGCCACAAGUGACCUUUCUUACAGGCCAAGGCAGUGUAUCUUUUGAAUAAAUUGUAUCAACUAGGAAGCCGUCCCUGAUUUAAGCACUACCACAAACCCAUGAUUAAUGACGAGAAAUUUCAUUUACAUUCAAUUUGCACUUUGAUCCAGUGAGUCCGACAUAACUGAGCUUAUGUUGCUGGAAGUCCCACCCGAACGGGUUACUACCAUGGAGGAACUGGGACGAGGUGCUUUUGGAAUAGUUUAUAAGGGCGUGAUGAGGGGGCUACCUGAAAAUAUGACGUCCUCGAAACCCAAGGAUCACAGUUUGGAUUCGCAUGAGGGACGUAUUGUUGCUACAAAAGUUCUACCAGGUGCGUGAAUUCAGAAUAUGGAAAAAAGAUUUACUGAAGUUAUACUCUUAACAGGUUUGAAUUAUUUAAUCCUAUAGGCAGCAAAUAUUAUAUCGUGGAAAACAGCAUCUCAAUACCCCAAUCAUUCACAGGGUGGUGUACCUCAGGGGUCCAUUUUAGGUCCUUUUGUUUUCUCCUAUGUAUGUUAAUGACCUCCCAUUUUUUUCUAUCUCUAGAACGGCUCAACAGAAUUCUUUUUAAACCUCAUCACAUAAUCUUCAUGAUGUACAUAAUAAUGUCUGAAACUUUCAUUGAGAUGAAUAGUGCAACACCUUGAAAUUUCAAGACAAGCCUAGCCUACGAACCGGCCAAAAAGCCGCGUUAAAACUGUUUUUAUACUAAUUUUUCCGAAUUAAUGCGGACCAAACAUACCUCCAUGAAUAGUACAUUCGAGUGCGAAUAUUGUUAAUGUUUUACAUUCAAAAGAUGCAAUAAAAUUCAAACUGAAAUGUACUAGUCAUUGAAGUAUGUAUGGUCCGCAUUAAUUUAGAAAAAAUUAGCAUAACGUCAAAACAGCGAAUGUUGUAACUCGAGCCGUUCUAGAGAUAUACAGAAAAGCGCUAAAAAUCAAAAUUUAGAAAAAGUUGCACUUAGAUAGGUGGUGAGGUAACAGUUUAAUAGUUUGCAGAAUCGCAUGAAAGAAAAUACACCAAAAUUUCCGAGCAGCGAAAUAUGAUAUUAAGCAUCAUUCUGACGCUACUUAAAAUCAAUUUGAGUUAUUUAGAACUUUUAUAUUUAACAAUUUAUCACGGCUACUGAAAAUAUAAGGUUUGAGUUACAUUUAAGUUUUAUUUCAAAUCAAACAUACAGAAUUCUUUUGUUUUGAUGGAGGUUAUUUGCUAAGCACCACACUUUAAGUUCCUGGGAACGGAUUUUCACUAGCAGGUCGAGAUCGCGCAAAAUUUGGUUUUUAUCGAUUUCAAAGUUUCUUGUUGAUUGUGGCCAUAAUGAUAUAGAUUUGACUUAAAACUGCAUUUGGACAAACUUCAAUCUAGAGUUAAAAUCAGUGGCGAAAAUUUCAUAGCGAUCGGACAAGGAUAAAAUCACUGUUAAGGCGAAUGAAAAAUAUCGGUAUGGUCACCGAAAAGCUGUAUCGAAACACCUUAACUCCGACCUAAAAUCAUCAUUUGUUUCAAACUUGCAAACCGGUUAGGAGUUUACGAUCAUGAACAUGAACUUGCACUGUUAAUGACAGCCAGAUCAAGGUUAAAAUUUAAUCGAGCGAUCAUGCUUUUUUGUUUUGUACCCUAAACUUUGGAAUGAUAUUCUCCAGAGCACAUAGAGUGUAAAAUGGAGUUUGAAUAUUCGUUCUUCUAAGAGCAAUCUUAAAGCUUUAAAAACUUCUAGGCGUUAUUUUUAUUUCGCGUUUUUUUUUAACAAUUGUUUUUGUAAUGUAACGAGUUACUGCUUUCUAGUCGUUUAAGUUUAAAACAUUUAUUGUAAAGCACCUUAGAGCUUGAUGAUGAUAAGGAUGAUGGUGAUGAUGAUGACGAUGACGAUGACGGUGCGCCGUAAUCCCUUCAUGAAACCCAACUACUGGGAUAUCCCUGUCUAUGCAGAGUCAAUGAAAAUGAUCCAAUUGUAUAGAUACGUUAGGAUUACAAAUGUACACUCAAGGAAAGUCAUAUUACUGGAGAUGAACUGCCCGUGGGUAGAGAAUAGGGAAGCAGUUAAAGAACACAAAACGUGGCGGCUAGAAUUAAAGAGACAAGUUUCCGUAGCAUUUACGUAGGUCACAGUUACUGGAUUUUUAUAAAAUGUCUCUUUUUUUUUUUCUUUUUUUUUUUUUCAGAAAAUGCCAUGGAGCAGGACAAACAGCAGUUACUUCGAGAAAUUGAGCUGAUGAAGGAAGUCGGAACACACCGUAAUAUUGUGAGCAUGCUCGGCUACUGGAUCCAAUCACAUCCCAUUAUGUUAAUUAUGGAAUAUGUUCCAAACGGAGAUCUUCUUCAGUGGCUCAGAAACAAAAGGCAACAGGUAUCAUUACUUUAUCAGCUGUAUCAAUAAAAAUUUGCUGCCCCCUCUUUUUGGCUUUUGUUUAAAGAAAUCCCUGCUCUCCAUUUGCAGUAGCUCUGCGCCUAAGUACUAUUUAUAGAACUAAAAAAAAAAUACCCAAAAAUUUGUGUUAAAAACGGAGUUAAUUAAGUCAAGCCUGUCCCGGUAAGAAAAUAGGAUUAGUUUAGGUUUCUGGGAAACUGUCCACCUAUCCCUCCCCUAAGCCAACAAUUUUCCCUAAGUGAGAAGUAAGUGUUUUGACAUUAAAAUGCUAUCUUUGCGGAGGGGUAGGUGGUCAGAAAAGAGACAAAACUUGACUUUUCGAACAUUUCCCCCAGGGAAACUGCCCUACCGCCCAAUAGCAUGCUGGUCUCCAUCCUUCUGUGUUGAUCCUUAGAUAGGGUACCGUUAUUCUAUCAGGUAAAAUUCAAGUGCGUAAAUGCCCAGCCCCCAAAAAAAUCAUCUGUUAAAACUGAACUUUACCCUAGAGCUUAUUAAGACCGCGAUUUAAGGAACUUUUUUUGUGUUUCGAUUUAUUUUUAGUUUUUGUUUUUCCUUGAACUGGGCCUCUUUCCAUGAAUGGGUCUUAAAUAGGAUAUUAGUUUUGCUUGUCCCAAGUAUCCGAAAGUUUUGGGAGUAUCCCCCCCCCCCCGGUGGGCGUUACCCUUUUCCAGUCAGAAUGAAUCACGGGAUUACUUAUAGUGGAGCUACCCUAUUGUUUGAACAUGGCAACAAGACAAGAAUAGUUUACUUCAAGGAACGCUUUUCAUUCUAGUAAUUUACUCAUUUUUUUUUCAUUUGCCCAUGUAUUCACCAAUAGCUGAGCUCCGCCGUUUAAUAAACCGUCCUUGAUUCGAGCUGAGCGAUUUUAGACCCGAUAAAACAUGAGCUGCGAGUUUAUUAAUAAUUUGUACACCUUCAAAAAUUAGAAUACGAAAAAAACAUUACGUAUGAAAUUAUUAUGCAAGAAAAUCAAAUCUAACACGUGUUUGGAAAUUGCCAGUCUACGAAUGACACUAAUCGAAAAGGCGAUGGCGUCUUCUCCGUCUGGAAAAGCCUUUUGAUUUUUAAGGCUCCUUCUCUCCUUCAAUUAGCUUUUACCAUCCCCAAAGUCCACAAGUUCAGUGAAAUAGUAGUCUUUGAAAAACUUUUUCUGGAAUGGCCGAAUAGGUAAACAAAAAUCCAAUACUCUAGCCUUGUUAUUCCGACUGGGAAAUCUUGAGUAGAACGCUUGGACACUGCUAUAGCCAAUAUUACCGCUAAGUCACUGAACUUUCGGCUGAUUAAACUUGUGAAAGAACAAAGUUUAAUUUUGCGCAAUAGUAAAUUUACUGCGUGUCGUAUUUUCAGUUGUGUAGGAGCUGCUCGUAAGGUCUCCCCUGAUUGGUUGCAGAAAAUUAUGACAUGUGAUUCUUUCAAUUGUUUCAGUAUUGUCUGGGGUUAGGGUUAGGUACCGCUAGUGACCUUUCCUCCGAUCGAGCAGCUGCUAAAUGACCCCUUAUUUUGAAAGAACAUUAAAUAUUCACCCACCAUGUGUUGUGUCAGUUACUGUGCAGGUAUAGUCCAGUGGCAUUAUAUCCGAUAGAACACUACAUACUAAUAACGGGAGGUCUUAUCAGAUAUAAUGUCACUGGCAUUGAUGUAUUAUAGACCAUUUGAUAGGUCAUUGGGCUUAUGAAUUAUUAAUGAGUUUUUGAACGUCUGUUUAGUAAUCUUUCAAUUCUUAGAGAUUCCUUUGGAAAGGGUAAAAAUAUUUCGGCUAACCAACUGAUGGUGUUGAAUUUGUUUCUGUUGACAAAACCGUUUCAGACGGAAUUCAUUUCAAUAUUUUUUGCAGCUUACAAUGAAAAACAGUCGUCAAAGUGAUGUCGUUGAAAGGCUUAAGCCUCCUGUUCCUGAGAGGCCGAAAUUAGUGUCCAGGAACCUGCAAACAAAAGAUGUCCUGGAUGAAAACCUGAAAGAGGAGAACAGGGAAAGAGAUAACGAAGAAAGUGGAAAAGAAGGUGGUUAUCAUUCCCGCGAGACGAAGGAAAUUAAAAUCGACGUGGACGACGAUGAAAGAGAAGUUCCAAUCAACGAUGCGCCUCAAUCUGAGAUGGAACCUCCUUGCUUAAACCUGGGUUACGAAGAUGACAAGGAGGAAGAAGAAAGUGACGAUGUCAACACGUCAUUUCAACAUAAUGAAGGACAAAAGGGGCUGGUUACGUCGGUGAUGGUGUUACCUUCGAUCAAUAUUGCCCAUUUCUCCAAAAAAAAAGAGCUCACUCUUGCUGAGCCGUUGAGAAACGUCGAAGAAAAGAUCACCAUCGAGAAAGAAGAAGUCAGCUGUGAGGGCAAGGAAGAUGAUGAAGAAGACAUUUCUAGGAAAGAAGUUCUAUGUUAUGCGUGGCAGAUUGCUAAAGGGAUGGUAAGAACUUUUUCUACUGAAGAAUGUCUUGAGCAAGUUAGUCAUCGUUUGCAAAUCCCAAAAAUCUGCCUCUUCCCCGUAUUUAAAAUACUUUACUACUAGUUUUUCUGUGUCUGAAAGUAUUAUGCUAUGCGGUCAUGAGAAGGCAGAUUUUUCAAGCAUUCAAAUUGCUGCGUUGAUUAUAGCAGACCAUUAUAGGGCUAACUACUAUCUUGCUAAAUUGUUCGUGAAAAAAAAUUAAAAUUGAGCCAUUUGAUCUUAAAAAAAGGUCAAAAACCAGUUUUUUUAUAGCCCGAGAAGCCUGAAAAUCACAUGGAGCCGUCGUGAAGGUACCUAUUGAAAAAUCAGGUCUGUUCGUAUUUUUUAAAAGGUGUCUAAUGAAUACGGCCAUAUGACCGAAUAAGGCUAAGCUAUCAUUUAUUUAAUUUGAAUCGCGCAAGCUUGACAUUCAGGGACGUAGCCAGCUUUUUGGCUAGUUUAAGCCUGGCUGACUUUCAUUUCCACAUAUCCUGAAAAUUGUACGCAUGACCAGUACGCACUGACCUCACCAACAGUUUGUGCUCUUGUGUUUUUUCAGCUGACUCCAACAACGCAUAAUUUAUUACAAGCGGUAGAGUGAUCAAUUCAAAAAUUUGAAGGCCCAGGCCUACAGGGCUAUGGGCUGGCUACGCCCCUGAGAAAAGAAGGGAAAUAAAGGAAAGAAAAAACAAUGGUUAAAUUUGUUUUCGGAACUGGGAGACUGAGCAGCAAGGACUUUCUAGAUAAAUACUCCCCUAAUCGGAAUCUUGGAAAGCACAAUAAACGGUCUGCAAGUGGAACUGAUAGCUGAAAUUAAGAGAUUGCUUUUUUUAAACGGCCACCAUGAUGGUAUUUGCUAACUAUUGUAAGCUCAAUUGAUAUAUCUGGUGGCUCAGCUUUAUAUUUGGCUUUUGGUUUUAGCAAAUAACACCCUCCCGGUGAUCCGCACAACUCUGCCUCAUCCAAUAAUUGCUGUUUAUUCAUUGGUACGAAUGAACCUUUUUUAACCAAAAAUUCUAAUUUCUAAAUGAAUAAUGUUCACUGAGGUAUGCCGUUUUCGGGUGACUUCGAAAUAGAAAUCAGCAGUAUAGUAAGAACCAAUAGUUUUUUUUUUUGUUUUUCGGGCGUGGCAGUCUAAGGAGGGCUUUAUUCCACUCACCUUAAGUCUCCCUGAAAAAAAAACAUUUAAUUAAGCGUUAACAGGUGUCAACGGGCUUUCGUCCGCGGUUGAAACUUUAACUGAAAACCAUAUUUUUCAGCCAAUAUUCAUCCCUUCGAGUUAUCAAGGGUAAAAUUGUAUGAAAGUGAUCUGAAGAGAAACAAAAAUUACUUCGAGUGCGGGAGUUUCGAGUUAUCGAGGGUUCGAGUUACUGACGGUGAAUUACAGUAAAGGAAAUCCAGGGAAAAUCGAUUCUGGUUCGAGUUAGCACAAGUUUCAAGUUAGCGAGGGUUCGAGUUAUCUGGAGUCGACUGUAAUUCACUUAGCUUGUUCAACUUUGACUGCUUUUUGUGCUGAAAAGUAUACGUCCCGGGGAUUUCUUGGCCAAUUCCUUAAUUUGUUUCUUGUUUUCCAACAGCUGUGACGGAAAUCCUCCCUCCAUUCUUCAUGAAUAGACCGACGAUCACUUCCCCCAGCUCUCCAGACCGUUUGCCAGGCAGAGCUUGCAGUAGCCUGUUCCAGGCUCUCAAUAGUAGGGGUGGCAAUGGCAAACAUAAGGCAAAAAAGCGUAAGGCACCGGCAAAAAUAUAAAUUGAAGCGUAUGUAAUCUAAGAAAAAGGGGCGGUGGCGGCUAUCUUUGAGCCUGGAACAGACGUUUCAUUGUACUUGGUUGCUUUUCCGCCAGAUAGUUAAACCAGUCGGGAGUUCGUUUACAACGAUAUCCCGAUUAAACUGCUACCCUCCUGCCAUAUCGUAAAAUCGAGCUUCCAUUUUAAUUUCAUAUUGGAAAUUUUUUGUUCAUCUUAAGGUAUCUGGUAACUAAAAAUUGUUUGAGAAAUAAUUUCGUCAUUUCUGUACCAGGAAUACUUGGCCAGCAAAGGAUUCAUUCAUCGUGACCUGGCAGCCCGUAAUAUCCUACUUGGUGAGGACAGAGCGGUGAAGAUUGCUGAUUUUGGUUUGUUACGCCACGUAAAUGAGAGUGAGAUAUACGAAGUUACGAGCGUACACAAGCUACCAAUGAAAUGGAUGGCACCUGAAGCGUUGGAAAGCGGCAUUUUCACUUUCAAGACUGACGUGUAAGUUUAUGUUAACGAGGUCACUGUUAGGCCAAGCUUAGGCUUCCUGUAAUGCAGUGUGAAGUUGAGAUUUUGGAUGACAUAGACCUUGCAAUGUACUGUUUAGAACUGUCUGGAAAAAAAAAGAGCACAAUUUUGAUCAUGACACUGUCUACAGUAGCGGUCAUCACUAUAUCUAAAGAAAUACUCAAGUGUUUGGAAAACAUUAGCCUGUUCCAGGCGUGAAACUUGAAAAUAAGAUAUAUAAACAGAAACCUUGAGCCGAUGAAGUUAAUCUGAGACUAUCUUUGGUCCUAGAUUCCACGCUCCACAUCCCGCAUUCCAGAUACUAGAUUCCGGAUUCCAACUCAGUGUAUUCCAGAUUUCAAAAGGCCUAGAUUCCAGAAUUUCAUAGUUAGCAGGAUUCUGGAUUCCAAACAAAAAUUUCUUGGAUUACCAUCCAUGGGGCGAGAUAAACAACACUGAUAUUUCUAUGAAUUUAUUUUUUGCUAUUUCUUUAUCUGCUUCCUUUUAUUGCAGAUGGUCUUUUGGAGUUGUUUUGUGGGAACUAGCCACCAUGGGUAAGCUAGUUUUAUAAAUCUUUGUAUACUGAUGCUGGUAGAAUAAUACUCUAGUCAUUUUCCCAUACCCGAGGGAAUUGAGAGGAAUCCCCCAUGACCGUAGUUUGGGAAAAGCUGACUGUUCAGUUUUAGGAUAGCAGUCACUGGAGAAUCGAACCGUUUUAUAAAAGAAGCCAUCGUUGCAUAAUGUCGUGAUUGCUAAACAACUAGAAAAAAAUAAUAGGUUAACUUCCGCCGCUCUCCCAGCCGUCUUUACCGGGGAGGAGCGCAGGCUCAUAAUAAUCCAGCCUAUAAGUCAUACCCUUAACCACAACUUGACCUGAUAUCACGUGUCACUUGGCAAAAUGAAUACUCAGUAAUGCUAAACUUGUACAUUACGUUAUUUCAAUCCCUCCCGGAGGUUGGUAAAUUGAUAAUACACGAUGGACAUUGAACUGAGUGGAGAGCAAUUUGGUCUGAAAUCAUAUGCGUGAUUUCGCGCGCGAGUUCGAUUUGAGAUCAGAAGUAUGAUUUCAGACUAAAAUUGCACGACACAAAGUGAAAUUAUCACUUUAUUACAGCCAUUUUGAAAUCGCAGAAUUCAAUCCGUAUCAGCAGUGAUUGGCCGUGGCACCAGACAAGUUAGCUCGUUAUCACCCAUACUCGUUAACAUAUAUUCUGAAGCCAUGCUAAGAGUUGCUUUAAGUGAUAAUAAUUAAUUAAUAUUUAUUGCUUAUAGCGCGCAAAUUAACAUUCGAAUAUGAUCAAAUGCGCCUCACAUCUAAGAUACCUAAAAACUAUAAACAACAGCAAAAGAAAACUAUAUACAUCAUAUAAAAACUAAAAAUACAUCAUAAAAAACUAAAUUACAUCAUAUUAAAAAUAAGAUAAUGAGCAACUAAAUUAGAUAAAAUUAACAGAAAGCCAUACGAAACAAAAAAGUCUUAACCUUAGUUUUAAAAGUGUUAAAACAUGUCUCGUGUCUGAUUUCACGAGGGAGUGAAUUAAGUAGUGUGAAUGAAGGUAUUCGAGUGGGAGGUCAUCUCAUUAAGACAGUGCACUUUACGGAUGAUCAAGCAACCUUAGCUAGUUCAGUUAAAGGUCUGCAACUUAUGAUGGGUAAAAUGCAGGAAAACGCGGGUGAAUAUGAUAUGAAGAUCAAUGUUAAAUCAGUAAGAGGCCUGGUGAGGAAUUCACGAUCUUUCUUGAGGGUAAACAAUUAAGUCAACAAUCGUCGCACUUUAACUACUUUGCGAGCCUUAUAACACAGGAUGGAUCCUGUGAAAAAUAAAUUAGAUCGAGAAUAGCCUUUUUUUUUUUACUAAAAAAGAACUGCUGACAAAAGCCUUCAGCGCGCUAGCCUUUGCCUGAAGAAGAGAAUUAUAAAGACUGUCAUCUGGGGUACUUUUCUGAAUGGAGACGAAUGAUAGACCUUAAAGAAAGAGGACGUAUGUAUGUAUGUAUGUAUGUAAAUCUUUAUUUAAACACGGGAAAUCAUCAGUUAAGCUUAAGUUAAAAACUAAAACUAAUUACAACUGCUUUACAUGACUGCCGUGUGGGAAUCCGAUAUAUCAGCUACCUUCUUGAUAUUUCGCUUAAAAUGCUCAACGGAUGUAGCGUUUUUUAAGUUUUUGGGCAAGUUAUUCCAUAACAUGGCCCCGCUGUAAGAGAAGCUUCGUUUCAAAUAAUUGGUGUUUGGUUUGGACAGGGUCAGCCUUCCCUCAGAGUUUCUUAAGUUGUAAGCAGAGUGACGCUGAGAGAAAAGACUUUGUAGAUAUUUUGGAGCAAGGUCAUGCAUGGUUUUAUACAUCAUUAAGGCUUUUUGUUUCUUUCGUCGAAGAGAUAGCCUCUCCCAGCUGAGGGUGGAGAGAAGGUGGUUUGAGCUCGCAUCAAAGGGUGAUUUAGUAAUAACUCUGGCUGCACGAUUCUGUAAUUUUUGGAGCUUAUCACUCAAGUAACCACUCAAACAGUCCCAGACGGGGCUGCAGUAAUCAAAAUGAGGCAUAAUUAAAGCGUUAUAAAUUUGAAUUGCAGUAUCUUUGGAUAUAAAGGGCCGCACACGUUUUAGGGCGCCUAUAGCUGAAGAGACUUUCUUGCAAAUCUCUUCAACGUGUUUACCCCAAGAGAGUUGAGCAUCUAUGGUAAGACCCAAGGAUUUGGUAUGAUCGGCUCUCUUGAUAAUUUGGUCAUCAAUUCUGAUUUCUAUAUCGUCACAUUGGGCAGAUAGUCUUUGUCUUGAUCCAAUAAUCAUUAGCUCUGUUUUAGCAACAUUUAGACUGAGCCUGUUAGCUUUCAGCCAACAGCUAAGGUUAUUUAAUUCAGGGGUUAGAGCUAGCUUAAGCUCUGUUAACGUCUUAGCAGAUAACGUAAGGUUGGUGUCAUCGGCAAACAUUCGUGCGAAGGCUGAGAGCUGUGGGAUGUGGCUUUGGAGAAAGGUUUUUUAACAUAACUUGGUCUGACAAAGUCUGUAACGAAGAAGUAUUGAGGCGUGUCUGUUAUCAACAGAAGACAGAGAGUCUGGCUUGGUCAAACCCUACGACAUGGUGAUCAUGUUCCCAUUAGUUAUUUAGGGAAGAAUACCAGGAAAGAGACCACCUAGAAGACCUCGAGCGGGAAUGCUGGAUAGAGUGAAGGAUGGCAGCUCUUACGUAGCGGUCAAGAGGCGUACCUUAGAUCGAGAACCAUAAGGAAGGACUUGCCUGUGGACAUAUCAAAUAGCCUGUUGAAAAGCGGAAACAAAAGGGCUUUUACAUCUCAUUUCGUAUUCGAAACAGAAAUUAUGCGAUAUAAAGCAAGGUGGGACGGUGCAACGUGGUUUAGAACAGAUGUGAUUGUGUGAUUCGUAAAUAAAUCACACUGCUGAUAGCCAAUCAGAUUGCAGGGAUCACCAGCGAUUUUAAAAUGAAAAAUUAGAAAAGCCUGAUAAUCUUUGAUAAGACAGCACUGAUCUUUAUUCUGUUAUUUUAGGGGGUACUCCAUACCCUGGGAUAAGCCCUAUGAGGCUAUGCAGUUUACUUAAAUCUGGAUAUCGGAUGGAGAAACCCAACACGUGCAGCGAUGAAAUGUAAGUCAGAAUAGAAAUAAUAAAAGACGUACGAAAAGAGGGUACGAUGAAGAAAUACUUUCAUAGUCCUUGAAACAGUUCUUUUUUUCUAAAAUUGUCAGCCUUUUCCAAGGAGUGGAAUCUGCAGCGUGCCUCUUUCCUUUACGUUGCCCAUUCUAAAAAGAGCCUAUAAAACAUAAGUGUCUUCAAUAUUCAAAGUAAACGGAGACAUAUCUUUGUGUAGUGGUAUUUUAAACUAUGGCUUCCUGUUUCAACAGAUACAAAUUGAUGAUGGACUGCUGGAAGGAGGAUCCAAAUGAACGACCCUCAUUCGUUCAACUAGUACCGAUACUGGAAGAGAUGAUGACACAAGAUACCCCUUACUAUUAUUUCAGACUACUGGAUCAGAACCAGCCAUGUUACCGUGAGGCAUCUGCCACUAACACCAGUAAAGCUAAUACUCUUGAUACGAAGCUGUAA